AGGGCCAGCUGGGCUUUCUGCUCUGCGCGCUGUCUCCGUGCCACGUGCGUCUCCAGCGCCGCAGCGGCGCAGCAUCUCUGGGCGGCUGCCUCGGAAGGUGUGUCUCAGAGACCAUGCCAGUUGUUCGGAUGUUGCGGCAGGUUGCCUGCUGGAUGCUGCAGAACCCGGCCUGUGGCUGCCGGGCUCCUGUCCUGCCCAGUCGGUUUCUGGGCACCUCCCCUCGGCAGAUUCCAAUGGAUGCCAACUUCCACUCCACUUCAUUCUUGGAAGCAGACCAGCAGCGUGUCUUAAUUACAGGGGGUCUUGGCCAGCUUGGAGUGGGGCUUGCUAACUUUCUGAGGAAACGAUUCGGGAAGGACAAUGUGAUUCUGUCUGACAUUCGGAAGCCCCCGGAACACGUCUUCCUUAGUGGCCCAUUUAUUUAUUCUGACAUCCUGGAUUACAAGAAUCUUCGGGAGAUUGUGGUGAACAACCGCAUCACCUGGCUGUUUCAUUACAGCGCCCUGCUCAGCGCAGUGGGAGAAGCAAACGUGUCCCUGGCCAGAGCCGUGAACAUCACUGGACUGCACAAUGUCCUGGACGUUGCCGCAGAGCACGGUCUGCGAUUGUUUGUGCCAAGCACCAUCGGGGCGUUCGGACCUACUUCUCCACGGAACCCAACCCCCGACCUCUGCAUCCAGAGACCCAGGACCAUCUAUGGGGUGUCCAAGGUCCACGCUGAGCUCAUGGGCGAGUAUUAUUAUUACCGGUAUGGAUUAGAUUUCCGAUGCCUGAGAUAUCCUGGAAUCAUUUCUGCUGACUCCCAGCCUGGAGGAGGAACAACUGACUAUGCAGUCCAGAUUUUCCAUGAAGCGGUCAAGAAUGGCAGAUUUGAGUGCAACCUGAAACCCGACACCAGGCUCCCAAUGAUGUACAUUGACGACUGCCUCCGGGCCACGCUGGAGGUCAUGGAGGCCCCAGCAGAGUCCCUGUCCAUGAGAACCUACAACAUCAACGCCAUGAGCUUCACCCCCGCAGAGUUGGCCCAGGAGGUGCUCAAGCAUGUGCCAGAAUUCCAGGUCACCUACAGCGUGGACCCUGUCCGACAGGCCAUAGCGGAUAGUUGGCCAAUGAACUUUGAUGAUAGCAACGCUCGGAAGGACUGGGGAUGGAAGCACGAUAUUGACCUCCCAGAGCUGGUGACGACAAUGUUGAACUUCCACGGUUCUGAGAACAGAGUUGCCCAGGCUAACUGAAGGGGCCGGAGGAAGAGCUCGUGAGUCCUGGGUGGCUGUCCAGGGAAAGCCAUA